AUCGGUCGCGCGCGGUGGUAACACGUGGUGAUUGACUAAAGUGCAGUUUGUUACAAUCGUGAGCAUCGGUGUGAGCGAGCGAGCGAGACAGACAUGGCAAACCACGACGUCGGCAUCGGCGACUUUGUGUUGCUCGACGAAAUCACGGUCGAGCGCGUGGUGGAGAAUCUGAAGACAAGAUUUAAUGGGGGAAAAAUUUACACAUAUAUCGGCGAAGUCUGCGUGAGCGUUAAUCCUUACAAAAGCACCAAUAUUUACGAUGUGGACCAAAUUAAUAAGUAUAAAGGGAGAGAACUGUUUGAGAAUCCUCCGCACAUUUUUGCGAUCGCGGAUGCAGUGCAUAAAGAGAUGAAGCAACAGGGCAGAGACACUUGUAUAGUCAUAAGUGGCGAGUCGGGUUCUGGUAAAACAGAAGCUAGCAAGAUCAUCAUGAAGUAUAUUGCUGCAGUGACCAAUCUCAGCGGUCAGCAGGAGAUUGAGAGGGUGAAAAAUGUUCUCAUCCAAUCGAAUUCGAUAUUGGAGGCGUUCGGCAAUGCCAAGACAAAUAGAAACGACAAUUCGUCACGUUUCGGAAAGUACAUGGAUAUCAAUUUUGAUUUCAAAGGAGACCCCAUUGGCGGCCACGUGACUAACUAUCUCCUCGAGAAAUCGCGGGUGGUCUAUCAGCAAAAGGGAGAACGCAAUUUUCACUGCUUUUAUCAGUUACUAAACGGCUGCAGUGAGGCCGAGUUGAACAAGCUGCGUUUAGUCCGUGAUCCGGCGGCUUAUUAUUUCAUCGGCAAUGGAAGUAAUAAUAAGACAGCCUCCUCCGACAGAAACGACUAUAAAACUGUUUGCAACGCCAUGUUCACUCUUGGAUUCUCCGGAAAUGAAACGCAUACCAUCUGGAAUAUCAUCGCUGGUAUUUUACAUUUGGGUAACAUCACUUUCAGACUGGAUGACGAUAAACUUAUAAUCGAAAAUAACAGUGCUUUAAAUGAUACCGCUAACUUAUUCUCCAUCAAUUCGAAAGAUUUGAGCACUGCUCUUUCUCAAAGAGUCAUAGCAGCGGGUGGAGAAGUCAUGCAAAAGACUCACACUUUGAUCGAAGCUGAAUACGGUCGAGAUGCAUUAGCGAAGGCUAUAUAUGAACGAUUGUUCACGUGGAUAGUAUCGCUCGUCAAUGAAUCAAUCAAUGUAAAUAACAGCGAUGAAAUGAAGAAAUACGGAACAUUAAUCGGUGUGCUCGAUAUCUACGGUUUCGAAAUCUUCGAUGUAAACAGCUUCGAGCAGUUUUGUAUUAAUUAUUGUAACGAAAAACUGCAACAGCUUUUUAUCGAGUUGGUUCUGAAACAAGAGCAAGAAGAAUAUCAGAAAGAAGGAAUAGAAUGGCAAAACAUUGAAUACUUCAAUAAUCAGAUCAUUUGCGAUUUGGUCGAACAAACUCACAAAGGAAUAAUAGCAAUUAUGGAUGAAGCUUGCCUCAACGUCGGGAAGGUCACUGAUGAGAUGCUUCUUGAUGCAAUGGAUAAAAAAUUAGUUGACCAUAAACAUUAUAGCUCUCGACAAUUAAAACCGAUAGACAAAGAACUGGAGCAUAGAAUACAAUUUAAAAUCAAACAUUAUGCUGGCGAUGUGAUUUAUAAUAUCAAUGGCUUUCUUGAUAAGAACAAAGAUACACUCUUCCAAGAUUUUAAACGUCUGCUAUAUCAAAGCAAAAAUCCCGUAAUUAGCAAAAUGUGGCCCGAGGGUGCUCAGAAUAUUUUAAAGACGACAAAAAGGCCUUUAACUGCUGGUACAUUGUUCCGCAAUUCUAUGAUUGCACUGGUGAAAAAUUUAGCGAGUAAAGAACCGUUUUAUGUCAGAUGCAUAAAACCUAACGAAGUAAAGUCUCCAGUCGUGUUCGAUAAUGAAAGAGUAAACCAUCAAGUGAGAUACUUGGGACUUGUAGAGAACAUAUUGGUGAGACGGGCUGGUUUUGUUUAUAGACAACGAUACGACAGAUUUCUAAAAAGGUACAAGAUGAUAUCGCAGUAUACAUGGCCAAACUUCCGAGGUGAAAGUGAUAAGGAAGGCGUACGCACAUUGAUGAAUGAGAAGCAUUUCUCGGACGACGUUAAAUACGGUCGCACGAAGAUAUUUGUUCGCUCGCCGCAGACCUUAUUUGAGUUAGAAAAGAUGCGCAAUGACUUAAUACCGGGCGUCGUGAUUCUUUUGCAAAAGCAAUGGCGAGGAUACAUCUGCCGUCAGAAAUACAAGAAGAUGAAAGCCGCGUUGGUGCUGAUGGAGCAUUACAAAAGAUACAAACGACGCAUCUAUAUCAAGCAACUCGAAAGAACGUUCAGAAGCGCUAAAAAUCUGCGAGGUUACGGCAAGACUUUACCGUGGCCGCGCGAAAAUUUUGCUGUGAGACAUGUGGUACCCGCUUUGAGGAAUAUGUAUGCGAGAUGGUGGGCGUGGAUGAUACUUAGAGCAAUUCCUCGGGAGGAUUGGCCACAACUUCGAUUGAAAAUGGCAGCGAGCGCUGUGUUGCGUUCAAAGCGAUCUUAUUGGGGCCAAGAUCGUCGCUGGGAUGGAAACUACCUGUGCAAACCAGACGAGAAUUUUCAAAGCGAUGUUUUCAACUCGUCAAUAAACAACCUACGAAACACCGAUCACUUCAAAACUGUUCUAUUCAGUGCAUUUAUUAGAAAGACCAACAGGUUCAACAAGCCGGCGGAUCGUGUUUUGGUAGUGACGGAACAUACCGUGUAUAAGCUUGAUGGCGUCAAGUUCAAGAACAUGAGGAAAGGCAUGCCGAUAGCGGAAAUCACCGGCCUAAGUGUUUCACCUGGAAAGGACCAACUUAUCACAAUUCAUUCGAAUCGCGGAAAUGAUUUUAUUCUAUCGAUCAUUGCCAAAGACGAUAGGAUCGGAGAAUUAGUCGGUAUACUGAGCAACCGGUACUAUCAAUUGCGUGGCACCGAUUUGCACGUCACAGUGGACGUAAAGUUCAAGUGCAUGCUAGGCAACAAGAGUAAAUUGUUAUAUAUUGAGGUAUCGCCCGAUGUGAUAGAGCCCACAUUCAAGAAGGACGGUAAUCAAAUCAUUUAUGCCAUUCCACCGUCGGUGGACAUCAUCGAUGGUAUUAAUAAAAGACAAUAGAUACAUACUGGUUAUAGUUAUAAAGUGAUGACUUA